AUGCAAACCGUGAGUGGCGAUAAUCCCUCCUUUUACUUAGACACCUCACCCAGUGAAGGUGGAAAUCAAACAGCUUGCUCAGCUUCUGAAGGUAGUUCUGAAGUAGAAGCGCCUUCAUUUGAUGCCAGUUCGAGGUUAUUUUCUUUCUCCGAGCAGGUGGCACCUUCGAUGACAACUCCUGUUCCAAAUAGGCUGAAACCGGGUAAUAAGAAAUCCUUUGUAUGGAACUAUUUUCGACAUCCUGAAAAUGAAGCUGGAAUUGUUGAUAGGACUAGAACACAAUGUCUUCUCUGCAAAAGUCAGUUGGCUUUUAAUGCUUCUGGAACCACAACAACGAUGCUCAAUCAUUUAAAAAGCCGUCACGGUGAAGUAGCUCAGAGGGAAGAAUCUCAGCGAAUUCGCACUGGAACAACAACUAGAAGGAAAGAGCAUUCCACUUCCAGAACGACAUAUUCCCCACUAAAAGCCCAUCAGUCUCCGCUCCAACUUCCAAUUCCUUCUCCUCAGAUACUUUCUUCCAGAACUAAACAUUCCGAUGGUUGUGGUGUAGACUAUUCGCAAAUUUCGGAUGAUCUACGCAAGUUUUCGCAGGAUUCAAAGCAAACAAAUCAAAAGCGAGGCCAUCUUCAACCUUUCCUAGGUUUCCCUGGAUUUAAUAAUGGGAACAGACAGGCAAUGCCAUCACCGGAAUCAAUUGCGGCAGAGGCAGCUGCAGCUGUGGGUUUGUUACCUCCAUCCAUGUUUCUUGGUGGCCUCCAACAACUUCCAGCAGGCGGAUCGAGCCCAUUCAUCCCCCCUUUAUUCUCCCUGCCCCCUCCUUUGGAAACAGGCUCUCUGAUGCCCCAACUAACAGGUUUCCUGCCAUCAAACUUCCAAUCUUUUCUUCCACCAAGUUCUUCAAGUAGUUCAGAGGAUUCCGCUGAACAGAUUCAACCAGAUUCUGGUCCUCUUGCAGCUGCAAAAGCCUGGCUCUCAACCCUUCCAGGUCUUCCUAGUCAAAAUGGUAGUACAAGCGGUAGCAGGAUGGCGAAUUCUCUCCCGAAUAACAGCGCCCCCACAAACUUUGCCGCCAUGGAAGACUUUUUGAAAAGUCUUCCAGGUAUGUCAGGACAGCAACAUGCUGAUGGUUCACCAAAUGGGCCACUUUUCCCUCAUGUGCCUCCUGAAUUACUUUCAAAUUUGGUGCAUAAUAAUCCCUUAGUGAUGAGUCUUCUCUCGAGAUCUCAAGCUCUCUUGGCUUCUCAAGGUUGUGUUCCACCACCGUCUAUGCCCCAGCCCGGAUCAUCACCACAGAAUUCAGCUUCGAACUUUCCUCUCCCUGCUACGUCAACAUCUAGUAGUAUUAAGCCAGUGGCAAGUAAUUCUGAGGCAUCUAUUGGAACCGCUAAACGCAAACGCACCAGACCUGUUUAUAUACCUCCACAGAUGAGGCCAGCGAAGUGCUCCUCUCUUGAAGUUGGUCCGAAUGCAAUGGAGAUUCCUGAAGACUUGAGUGUGCAUAGAGAUGAGGAGUCAAAACUUGAAAAACCAAAGAAUAAACUGCUGGAAACUAAGGAGAAAGGGACGAUUUUGAGGGCAGAACCUCUGGAGAAACGCCUCGCUUACUUUCUGAUUCAGGAGAUGCUGCCAUCAGAGAUCAUUGAGGGGAAGGGAUUCAAGGUGAGUUGUACCUUUCGAAGUAGGACACAGCUUCCCCUAAGUAGCUGA